CGUAACCAGAUUUUUAUUGUCCCGUCAAUCCCGAAUCUACGGCAAAGUCGUGUAGAGGUAGAGCCCCCCAUCAAUUAAACGAUUAAUGACCGAACGACAAAUGCUGCUGCAACUGCAAGCAAAAGCACAUGGAAGGGCGAAAUGUUGAAGCUCAAGACCCCAACUCCACCCAAAAACACCGAGUGGUCUGUUGCAUAGGUGAUCUUCAUGGGUACGUGACCAAGCUCCAGAGACUCUGGACAAAUCUUGAAACCCUCAUGGGCCCGUCUGAUUUUGAGUCUGCCCUCGUCAUUUUCUUGGGUGAUUAUUGCGAUAGAGGUCCUGACACCCGCAAAGUCAUAGAUUUCUUGAUAUCUUUGCCCUCGAAAUACCCGAAACAGUCCCACGUUUUUCUGUGUGGGAACCAUGAUCUUGCCUUUGGGGCGUUCUUGGGGGUCCUUCCCAGGCCUCCGGAUGGCUCCCCCUUCUCGGAGACUUGGAAGGAGUAUGAGAUGAAUGAGGAGAGAGAGGGGUGGUAUAAAGGUGAGGGCUUUGAGAAUAUGCAUGUGCAGGGAAGGAGAUGGGCUGGCAAAAUUACUGUCAGAUUUAAUGCGCUGAAGGGCACUGAGUACAAGGGAUCGAUUUAUGAUGCUUGCCCCACGUUUGAAUCUUAUGGAGUUCCACAUGGAUCUGCUGAUUUGAUGAAGGCUGUUCCUGAUGAACAUAAAAAGUUCCUUGCUGAUUUGGUUUGGGUCCAUGAGGAGGAUAACAUCAGCAUAGAGACUGAGGAAGGGAUUAAAAACUGUAAAUUGAUUGCUGUACAUGCUGGUUUGGAGAAAGAUAAAGAGAUUCAAAAACAGAUGGAAUCUCUGAAAGCCAGGGACACGAGGAUUUCUAAAGUGGAAGCUCUCAGUGGGAGGAAAAAUGUCUGGGAAAUUCCUCAGGACAAUUUACUUGUAGGCAGUAGCAUGAGAAUGUAACGAACACUUGUGUUUGUUCUACCACUUCCGUAGGAACUUACUAAAUCCCCAACGAUUGUGUUGAGUGGUCAUCAUGGAAAGCUCCACGUCGAAGGGCUUCGGUUGAUAAUAGAUCAAGGUGGUGGACUGGAGAAUAAUCCUGUGGCUGCAAUGGUGCUUCCGUCUAGGAUGGUUGUCCGUGAUACUGAUGAGAUUUGAUAAAGUAAUUAUAACUCACUGGUUCAUGGGCACAUUCCAGCUCAACUAAUGGAGAUACUGAGCCUGCUGCAAGGCUGGAACUGUACCAUGUCUUUACGGCGUCAUUUAAUUGUAAGUUGUUAGUAACGGUUCAAUGUUAGAAGCCAUCACCUCUAAAGGGCUGGCAUCUUGAGUAAAUCAUGUACUUGCCCAACUAGUCAUUAGAAAUUUGUCCAAUUAUAGAAGUCUGAUUAUGCUCCCGCCGCCCCAUUGACAGUUCGGGAUAUUUAUUUUCUUAUCAAAGUCAAAGUAAUUUUUGAUCUCU